UUAUUUAAUGGGUUUUAAAAUCACGUAACGUGAAUGCGAUUGGUAAUCACAAAUUCACAAAAAAUUCGCCUCAAACAAAACUAUCCCUUGCUAAUUGCUAUGUCUUGUCCGAGUACGAACAUGUGAAGCUGAUCAGGUACUAUUUGUUGCUCAACUGAACUCCUACACGUCAUCUCAUUGGACCACGAGUUUUGACCACCCACAUUCCAAUUUCAUUUUAAUUUUUAUUCUUCUUAGUUCUUACUAUUCUCUUUCGAUCCUUUUUAAUUCUGAGACUUGACCCGUUAAUUCAUAGUACUAUAUGAAGGCCUUUAAUUUGUGUUUGUGUGUUUCAGCAAAUACUAGUAAUAUAAAAACUACUACCCUUUAAUCUUUUUUUGUUGAAUUUGUCUUUCCUCGGACCUUGUUCUUCUUCAAAAAUGUCAGACAAGAACAUGGUUCCCUCAAGAUUUAUAUUUUGUGUAAUUGUCAUUGCUGUGUUCCUUUUGGUGCUGUCUUCCUUUUUCCUCAUCCACUUGAGCAAUCACUCAUUCAUUCCUAGAUCAGUUUCGGAACUUGUUCUUGUUAACAACACAUCCCUUGAUUUCAAACCCAAUUUCAAGAGGGAACAAGUUCAACCACAAAGCUGUCAAUUUUCCAAUUCUAGCCACAAAUCAAGUUCCCCAAGACAGCAGAGGAAGAUACCAUGCGAUCCAACUAAUGCUCUCUUAAGGGUGUUCAUGUAUGACUUGCCUCCAGAGUUUCACUUUGGGCUAUUGGAUUGGAAAGGGAAUGUGAACCAAACAUGGCCUAAUGUGAAUAACCCAAAACACAUUCCACCUUAUCCAGGUGGCCUUAAUUUGCAGCAUAGUGUGGAAUACUGGCUCACCCUUGAUCUUCUGUCCUCAAACAUCGCGGAAAAUUUUCGGCCUUGCACUGCAAUUAGAGUGCAGAAUUCGAGACAAGCAGAUGUGGUUUUUGUGCCAUUUUUCUCAUCUUUGAGUUACAACCGGCAUUCCAAAAUCCAUGGGAAGGAAAAAGUUAGUGUUAACAGAAUGUUGCAACAGAGAUUGGUACAGUUACUAAUGGAGAGGGAAGAAUGGAAACGUUCUGGAGGGAGGGAUCAUGUGAUUGUGGCACACCAUCCUAACAGCAUUCUGCGUGCAAGAAGAAAGUUGGGCUCUGCCAUGCUUGUGCUUGCAGAUUUUGGAAGAUACCCUUCUCAAUUAGCAAACAUUAAGAAGGAUAUAAUUGCUCCAUAUAGACAUCUAGUAAGUACUGUACCAAGAGCUGAGUCAGCUUCAUAUGAGGAACGUUCUACACUUCUAUAUUUCCAGGGGGCAAUAUAUAGGAAAGAUGGAGGAGCUAUUCGCCAAAAGCUAUAUUACCUCCUGAAAGAUGAGAAAGAUGUGCAUUUUGCAUUUGGAAGCAUCAGAAAAAAUGGGAUUAAUCAAGCAAGCCAAGGCAUGGCCUUAUCCAAAUUUUGCCUUAACGUUGCUGGAGAUACCCCAUCCUCGAAUCGCCUCUUUGAUGCCAUUGUGAGCCACUGUGUUCCUGUGAUCAUUAGUGACGAAAUUGAGCUACCAUUUGAAGAUGUUUUGGACUACUCAGAAUUCGGCUUGUUUGUCCAUGCCUCGGAUGCUGUAAGGAAAGGCUACCUGCUCAAUCUCCUUCGUUCAAUCAAGCCAGAGAAAUGGACCCAGAUGUGGGGAAGGCUAAAGGAUAUUACACAGCACUUUGAGUAUCAAUAUCCAAGCCAGCCUGGGGAUGCAGUGAAUAUGAUUUGGGAGGAAGUUGCACAUAAGAUAUCUUCAUUACAAUUCAAUUUGCACAGGAAAAACAGAUACCAGAGACCUUAGCUUCUUGUUAUGAUCCACUGAAAUACUAAGGUGGAGCCAGAUAAUGACUCUGGUCAUAUUCAACUUAUCAAUGGGAGAGUCAUGGACCUGGUUUUACUUAUUUGCUACUAGCAAGCUCCAUCCUCUCCGUUGUUACAAUUUUUCACCAAAUCAUUUUUUAUCUUCUUGAUGAAAAGAUGGUAGUUGUUUUCUUUUAAAUCACAUGGGAUAAUUGAAAAGAGUAAAAUACCAUAUUGAUUUUUCCUUCUCUUCUUGGCAAUGACAUAUUAAUUAUAUGGAUAUUUC